GGGCGAGGUUACAUGCUGGAAGAAAAUCCGGAAGUUCAGCAAACAACAAAAACAACUGAUUCAAACAAAAAACCACAAGUUGCUGCUAAUGAUUUUUUGUGAUCUCGCGUGCAGUUGACGUGGAGAUUAUAGUUUAUCUCUCAGGCGGAUCUGUGAGCUUUACCUGGCUGGGGCUUGUGUUUAGUGUGUGUGUUAAGAGAGUGUGUGUCUUGAGUGUGUGUGUAAGUAAGUGAGUGAGUGUUGAGUGUUGAGUUCUGAGCGGUGUCAUGGGCUGCUGUGGGAGCACUGGGAAAACUCGGGAGUGGAAGCCCUUAGAGGACCGAAAUUGCACCGACGUGCCCUGGUUCAUCAUCUUCACUUUAUUUAACAUCGGAAUGCUUUUUAUUUGUGGCUUUUCCAUUUCGACUGGCGCCGCCUCCAGACUCAUCUCAGGAUACGACAGUUAUGGAAACAUCUGUGGUCAGAGGAACACGGAGAUCCAUGGGAUCGAGCUGAGCGGCCGAGACCAAACCACGAAUCGGUACGUGUUUUUUCUCGAUCCCUGUAACAUCGACAUCAUGAAGAGGAAAAUUAAAUCUCUCGCUCUGUGCGUCUCCAAAUGUCCAGAAACACAACUGCAGACUUAUGAUGAUCUCAGAAGGUUUUCAGAGACCAACCGCUCUAAUUUGUGUUCCUAUGAGCUCAGUCCCAGCCGUUAUGCAAACGAUCCUGACAGGGCCACCAAAUGCCCCAAGCUUCCGGUUCCUCCCAGUAAAUCUUUACCCAUCUUCCAACGCUGCACUCCGGCCGACAUCUCCUGCUUCUCCAAGUUCUCAGAGGCGUUAAUCACGUUCGUCAGCGACAACAGCGUUCUGCACAGGGUCAUCACCGGGGUCAUGACCUCCAAGGAGAUCAUAAUGGGACUGUGUUUACUUUCUCUGGUUCUGUCCAUCAUCCUGAUGGCGGUGAUCCGCUUUAUCUCAGUAGUUCUCGUGUGGCUUCUCACUGCUGUUGUGGUUCUCGGGUCAUUAGGAGGAACCGGUGUCCUCUGGUGGCUGUAUGUGGACCAUAGAACGUCUGCCAACGCCACUCUACCUUCUAACGAGCUAGCUGUGGCCAUAGACAACCAGAAGGCUCUGCUUGUGUACGCCGUGGCAGCGACGGUCUUCACGGUGAUUCUGCUGCUGCUGCUGUUCUUCAUGAGGAAGCGUGUAGCUCUGACCAUCGCUUUGUUCCGUGUGGCCAGUAAAGUGUUCGGGUCUCUUCCUCUGUUGGUUCUGCAGCCGUUCUGGACCUUCCUCACGCUCAUGCUCUUCUGGGUUUACUGGAUCACAGUGCUGCUGCUCCUCGGCACUGCAGGAAGUCCAGUGAAGAACAAUCAGACGGGGCUGGUGGAGUUCCAGAUGCAUGGCCCGUUACAGUACAUGGUUUGGUACCAUGCUGUGGGUCUCAUCUGGAUCAGUGAGUUCAUCCUCGCCUGCCAGCAGAUGACGAUUGCAGGAGCAGUCGUUACGUAUUACUUCACCAGAGAUAAGUCUCAGCUUCCUCUGACGCCCGUGUUGUCUUCAGUGAUGCGUCUAAUGCGUUAUCACCUCGGCACAGUGGCUAAAGGAGCGUUCAUCAUCACGCUGGUGGAGAUCCCACGCCUCGUCCUCACCUACAUACACAGCCAGCUGAAAGGCAGCGAAAACGCCUGCGCUCGCUGCAUGCUGAAGGCGUGUGUGUGCUGCCUGUGGUGUCUCGAGAAGUGCCUCAGUUACCUGAACCAGAACGCCUACAUCGCUACGGCGAUUAACAGCACCAGCUUCUGCACAUCUGCACGAGACGCCUUGAUCAUCCUCGCUGAGAACGUGCUGCGUGUCGCCACCAUCAACUCUGUCGGAGACUUCGUCCUGUUUCUGGGAAAGGUUCUGAUCGUGUCAUGCACUGCGUUUGCGGGUGUGUUAGCACUGAAUUACCAGCGUGACUACACAGUGUGGGUUCUGCCGCUCAUCAUCGUGUGUGUGUUCGCCUUCCUGGUGGCUCACUGCUUCCUGUCGGUGUUCGAGAUGGUGGUGGACGUUCUCUUCCUCUGCUUCGCCAUCGACACCAAGUACAACGACGGCAGCCCUGGCAGAGAGUACUACAUGGACAAGGCUCUGAUGGAGUUUGUGGAGAGCAACAGGAAGGCCGAGGCUGAGGGGAGGAGAGCAGAAGGAGGAGACAGCAGGGAGAUGAAGCCCAUGAAGGCAGGAGGAACGUUAGCAUGAAGCUAAUCUUCAUCAGGUGCUGAUUUCAUCUCAACACUGCAGGGAUACAUGUGUGUGUGUGUGUGUGUGUGUGUGAAGUUAACACUCAUUAGUUACAGGAGCGAUGAACACGUGUAGUGUUGGUUUGUAAAAACAGUUAGCAAUAAUAUUUUGUAUAUUUUUAGUCAUUUUCUACCUGCUUUUCUUACUUAUUACUCGUGUCCUCUUUUACAAUAUGGCGGUCUGUAUGAUGUUUUAAUAAAGAAUGAGACGGAUCUGUGAGGAAACGUU